AUAACAACAAUAACAACGACAACAAUAAUAAGUGAGAAAGAGAGAACGAGAUAAUUGGGGGAAUGAUUAUAUGGGGUAGUAAAAGGGCGAUAGCCUUCUCUGUGGUAUGGAGACAGAGAGUAUAAAGUCUGGGGCUAGUGAGCAUAGCCAUAGCCACCAUAGUCGGAGCUCCUCGAAACACCAUCGGUCACACGCGAAUAAAUCACCUCAUCAUCGACAACAUUCCCACAGAAGCUCUAGGAAUAAUAGAAGUCAGAGAAAAGAGCGAUCCAACCUGGAUGUCUGCGAGAUGGCACCCUUUCAGACGACAGUCAAUGUCAGAGGGAAUAGUGUCGAGAAUGUCGGUCAAGAAGUGAUAGAAGUACAAAUCCUUCCUCAAGAUGAAAAUUGGGGUGAAAAUACGACAGCUAUCACGGGGAAUACCUCCGACCGUUCUGAAUCAACAGAAGAUGUUAGCAAUUGGCCUAGUGAAACAGACGGAGCCUUUAAUUUUACGUGUAAUCGAUAUCUCGGACCGGUGAUUGCUAUGACUCUGGGCAUUGGUGCCUUUUUGAGUCCGAUAGCAAUGGUCGUGCUGCCUAAAUUAGGUUUUUUCCCCGACUCCACAACGGUACUAACAAUGCAACAGAGGCUUGAAUUACUGUCAUGCAACGCUGAGUGUAAAGGCCAAUUACUAGGCUUAGCUUUUAAAUUAAUUUUCCUGGCUAUCGGAAGCUGGGCUGUAUUCUUACGACCACAAAACGCCACUAUGCCUCGGGUAUUUCUCUUCAGGGCUGGAGUAUUAGUUUUGACACUACUUUGUAUCUGUACUUACUGGUUGUUCUAUGUUGUUCAGGUUACAGAAAGUGCCAAGACAGCUGCUAAUGGAGAAAAAACAGAGUACAAAAGUCUAGUUAAUUAUGCAGGAACUUUUGCAGAUACUCUUUUAUUUAUUCAUUAUAUAGCAGUUCUUUUGAUUGAAAUUCGUCAUCUUCAACCAACCUACUACUUGAAAGUUGUAAGAUCACCAGAUGGUGAAUCGCGUUCUUACGCCAUCGGGCAAUUAUCAAUUCAACGUGCUGCUGUCUGGGUGCUUGAGAGAUAUUAUUCCGAGUUUCCUAUUUAUAACCCUUACUUGGAUCGAUUACCAGUAUCAAAAUCAGGACGAAAGCCAUCGAGUUUUAAAUUUUACGACGUUGAUGGUGGAGUUAAUAUGACGCCAGGACAGCAGCAACGUGGAGGUGGUGGCGACAGGGCAAUGCUGGCCGCUCAAGCUCGGAGAAGAGACUCAAGUCACAACGAGAGAUUCUACGAGGAACACGACUAUGACAGGCGGGUGAGAAAACGUCGUGCGAGAUUAAUCACCGCUGCCGAAGAAGCUUUUGCACACAUAAAAAGACUGCACUCGGAAUCUGAGCUGGCACCAAACCCCGGUCCGAUGGAUCCCAUGGAGGCUGCACAAGCCGUUUUUCCCUCGAUGGCCCGCGCGCUGCAGAAAUACCUGAGGGUCACCAGACAGCAGCCGAGACAUUCAGUGGAGUCGAUUCUGGGACGGCUAGCGCGCUGCUUAGCGCAGGAUGCCGCGCCGAAAGCUUUCCUGGAGCCUUUCUUCUCUGCGAGUCCCGUACUGUCGAAUGAAAAAGAACGUCAGAGAAGUUCACACAAUUGGGCAUUAGUUUGCGAGGGAGAAUUACCAUCAAGACCACUUGCUUCUGGCUGUGAAUUUCAAUUGCGGCAAGGUGAAGUUGCUCUGCUCUGUACGGCAUACAGAUUGCCGCAUUUUACACUCACCGAACAACUAGCACAUCCAAAAUCAAACAAAUUUUUACUGAGACUCAACUCUGAGACGUCUGUUUAACGGCCGUCAGUUAUUUUAUUUUAUUUUUAUUAUUACACUAUUACUAUUAAACUAUCAAUAUCUCGUGUUCAGUCACGUUAAAAAAUAUUUAAAUAAUAAUAAAUUUUUAAAUGGAGAUUAUGAUAUGAAAAACUUGGAAAAAAGAAAGACUACUGUCGAAUACAGUCUCUAGAUAGAUAGAUGAUCAAAAGCGUAUAAAUGAAAUGUUAAAUUGAUAUGCAUUGAUGAAUCUAAGUUAACAGGAAACUAAUCUAUCACUAACAUAAAGGCAACGUUAUUAUAUUUUGUUUUAUUUUAUUUAUUUUUUACAGAUUAAAGUUUAUUUUGUUUAUUAUUAUAACUUAUGGGUUACAUGUUUCUGAACUUUUUAACGUUGACUGACGUUAUGCUAAUGUAUCGGAAAAUUUGACAGCUUUACAUGAUAUUAAAAUUAUAAGAUAAAACGUUAAAAAAACUUAAACGCUAACAAAACUUUGACAGCAUUAUAAUAUAUAUUUCGAUCAUCACUGUGAAAUUAACGUCAUGUCAUAAGUUUGAUAAUUAUUGAAAAUUAAUCAAAUUAAUUAAUCAAUGGUCGUCGUUGAUAGAUUCAUUUUCAUGAGUAACGAAGAUUCUUAAUGCAAGAUAAAAUAUCAUUAUUAUAUGGUGUUAUGCAUCAGCCAAAAAUACCGUACUUUGCCUUUUCUACGUACAAUCAAAAGUAGCUUUAAAUUUUGCUAAAAAAAAUUAAAAUAAAAUAUUCUAAAAUUCGUAAAAAAUUAUGAAAUUAUGAUAAUAAUAAUUAUUAUUAAUUUUGAUUGUACGAUAGACAAUUUUGCUGCAAACACAUGACAUUCCCAACGGAAUUUAGUACUUAGUAUUUUAUAUGAAGAACAAAAAUAUGUUUUAAUAUGCAUUUUAUAAAGUACUACGCUUAUUUAUUACUUGCCAAAGUGUGGACAUUUGGAUGAAUUUUUUUAUUAUUAAUAAUAUUUAAUAGUAUGUAUUGAUCAAUUGUACUGAAUUUAUUAUAUUAUCAGAGUAGUAGGCUUUGUCAAUACAUUUGGUUGAAUAAUCAUAAACUUGCUAUUGCUAACAGUACACAGUAAAAUUAUAUUUGCGUUCAAAUAGUACUUUUAAAUUAAUAACAUAUCAAACUAAUUGUAAAAAUUUUUUUUACUUUUAUCAUUAAAAUUUUAUCUGUUUUAUUGUCAAAGACGGUGCAUUAUAUUUUUAUAAUUU